AUGAACCUCAGAGUCCUUCCUCUGCUUUACAAUCCCCAACCAACCAAGCCUCACAAUGAUGCCCGUCAACUUCAACUGCUGCAACUCCUGCUCCGGCUGCAACUCUGGCUGCCAGUCCUGCGCCUGCACCUCUUGCGCCUGCAAGAACUCCAACUCGAUGCCAGUCAGCUACAACUGCGGCAACGCCUGCACCGGCUGCAACGCUAG